UGGCGGCUGUUUUUCAUUUGCUGUCGUGCCGCAGAUACGUUUGUGGUGAUCGCGAUUGCCGUGGUUAUAUAAAGAAAACGCACACAAGUGGCCACCGCGUUCAGUCUUUCGGCUCUUUCCCCAUCUAGUUGAUCCGGUGGUGCGUGUCACAUGUCAGCUUUAGCACAGGUCUCUUCCAUUUUUGUUAUGACUUAUUCAUGUUACGCCUAGUACCACCGCAAACCGAGAAAGACAGCAACUCAUAUGUGAUCAACUUUUUUGCUGGUGAAUUGCUCUAUAGUUGAACUGAACAUUUCUGGAAAGGGGUAACCGAAUACCCUCCCAUCUUUUCAGCAGUGCAGACCCGCCUCCACAAUAAAAGUGCCCUAAAAAAUAAUUUCUUUUGGGGAUUCGCUUUACAAACUUAAUAACUCCACCCCUCGUCGUACAUACCUUCAGGGAACUGUGAACCAACCCAGUAUUAUUCGAUUCCCUGAAGAUGAUCCUGUUCUCCUCCUCCCAUCAUGUUGAUGACACACAAGAUGUAAAACAAAAGAAUAUUACGUGCACCAUUUUUACGUCAAGUCGUGGGGUAAACAUUUUGGCUACGUCAUAGUAAGGGGAAUGAUGUUGCAAUCAAACCAAGGAGCUGUUUCCUCGGUAUAAUCAGACAAAGUGACAAGAGACAGUGUCGGAAGAAACCUCGCUUGGCACCGCCCUUUUGUGUACUAUGUAACACGUGAUGUAUGUGUUAUGUGGAAGGGAGCGUCGUCUUCGGUCGAGAAAGAAAUGGAAAAGAAAAGACUAUCGGAUCGCGCGCGCAAGGGCACAACCCCCAAACACACACACAGCUUCCUACGGGAGCAGAAGGACUCGCUCUCUUCAGGCACUUAAACAUACGCAUCCAGCAGGUCUUCUUUUUCAGUCGAAUCUGCUGGUGGAUGCCGCUCGGACCUUCACAAAAUUCUUCCUAGCGUCACAUAAUUCGCCAAUCGUUUCGACUUGUCACGCUGAACGUUCAAAAAGUGCGCUCUUAAUCGACUUGUGUCGUCGUUGUUGUUGUUUUCUUGUCGCACGUGGGACAAAAUCAAAUCAAAAAUUUUGAAAUCGUUGGAAAAUAGAGAACAGCGCAGUUUUAUUUUUAUUAAUAAUGACGGUUCAAGUGGGCUUCAACAGCGCGUUGUCUGGCUUCACCCAGGACUUAUUGAACGUCUAAAAAAAGAAGAGAUUAUUUUUGUUGGCUCUUCAUUAGAUUUUCUCGGAGUCGCUUCGGAAGCCAAAUCUCAGCAACAGAUCCCCUACUACUCCAUUGUGUUCAGCUGCUUGUGGUGGGCGGAAGUAAUCGGCUAAAAUGUACGGGCUUCUGUUGGAAAGUCUGGCUUGUUACAUCAAAGAAAAUUACGGUGAAGAGAAAUGGGAGGAGAUUCGACGAGCAGCCGCCGUCGAACAGACCUCUUUUUCCACUCAUCAAGUCUACCCCGAGAAUUUGAUUCCGAGAUUGUCGGCAAAAGCCAUCGAGUUGCUCCAGGUGCCCGAACAUGAAUUCAUGGCUCUUAUGGGAGAAUACUUUGUGGAUUUCGUCGGGCAAUACGGCUACGAUCGAGUGCUUUCCGUCCUCGGCCGUCACAUGCGGGAUUUCCUGAAUGGAUUAGAUAAUUUGCACGAGUAUUUGAAGUUCUCUUACCCGAGAAUGAGAGCGCCAUCCUUCUUCUGUGAGAACGAGACAAGUACUGGACUGACACUUCACUACCGGUCAAAGAGACGCGGUUUUGUUCACUACACAAUGGGCCAAAUCAAACAGGUUGGCAAGGAAAUCUACAAAUUGGACGAUGUGGAUAUCACGAUCAUCAAGGAAGAAAUGUCGUUCGACAUGCAUGUAGUGACGUUCAAUCUCAAGUUCGACAAUCGAGCCUUUUCCACGCUGACGGCCCUGGAUCGCGAGGAUCAAUGCUUGCCCCUCAAAGCAUCCAUCUUUAUCGACAUCUUUCCGUUCUGCAUCCUUUUCGGAUCCGACAUGAUCAUUAAAAACAUCGGGAAUUCGUUGGCCCACAUUCUACCCGAAUUGAUCGGUCAGGAUAUUUCCGAAGUCUUCGACCUAACCCGCCCCCUCGUCGACUUCAAAUUCACAUCGAUAUUGAAACGAACCAACAACAUUUUCGAGCUUGUGUCUCACAAGUCGUUGGUAAUCGGUGGUUCCAACGAAAUAGGAGACACCGACUGCGAGGACAGCAGUAGAAAGAUCCAUUUAAAAGGACAAAUGCUCUACAUGGAAGAAUGGAAGAUGAUCGUCUUUCUAGGCACGCCACAGAUGAAUGAUCUGGACGCCAUGAUCCGGGUUGGACUCUUUAUCAACGAUUUAUCCAUGCACGAUUUUUCCAGGGAUUUGAUGAUGGCCGGUACGCAGCAGUCGGUCGAAUUGAAAUUGGCACUUGACCAAGAACAGCAGAAAUCUAAGAAACUGGAAGAGUCCAUGAAAAAACUCGACGAAGAAAUGAAGCGCACCGACGAGCUUCUUUAUCAAAUGAUACCCAAGCUCGUGGCUGAUCGGCUUCGCAAAGGAGAAAAUCCCGUUGAUACGUGCCAGGUCUUUGAAUGUGUAACGAUCCUGUUCAGCGACGUGGUGACAUUUACAGAAAUCUGUAGCCGAAUCAGUCCGAUGGAAGUCGUCUCGAUGCUCAACUCCAUGUACUCCAUCUUUGAUCGACUCACCGAGCUCAAUGGCGUCUACAAGGUGGAGACCAUUGGUGAUGCUUACAUGGCCGUGGGAGGGGCCCCCGUCAAAGAUGUCCUUCAUGCUGCCCGCACGUGUGAUAUGGCAAUGGACAUGGUUGAUGCUAUUCAAGAUCUGACUGAUCCGUCUACAGGACAACAUCUGAGCAUCAGAGUCGGCGUUCACUCGGGUGCUGUUGUAGCGGGCGUCGUUGGACUCAAAAUGCCGCGCUACUGCCUCUUCGGUGACUCUGUCAAUACGGCCUCGAGAAUGGAGUCGACGAGCGAGCCGAUGAAAAUCCACAUUUCGCAGACGACCUACGAACUGCUCGGGCCCGACUAUUUAGCUGCAGAUCGUGGCGAGAUUGUCGUCAAAGGGAAAGGUCAGAUGAAGACGUACUGGUUGACAGGGAAGAAAGGACGGUGCGCUUCGGACAGAUCCGGUAGAAUUUCCGCUGUUCCGGAAGAAUUGCUGGCGGAAAGCAGAGCGGGAUCAUCUAUGAAUCGGAGAUACAGUCCCGUCACCAUGGACGAUGUCACCGUGGCUCGCAAAGGUGCGGUUACGAGCGGUAUGAGCAACCGGAAUAUUAGUCCGGUUUCGUUGGUUACUUCAGGAGGCGGAAGUACAAAUGAAGUGAUUCCACAUCAGAAUCGACGUAGUCUCAAAGAAAUGGAGAAGGCUUUACAAACGACACUCCAUUCGUCGUCGGCCAAGAGCAAGUUGUACGAAAAUGUAGUUCGAAGUAUCACCCCAAGUGGCAGCAGUCAUUCGGCGAUGCCAACGACCCCAUCGCCUUUGACUUUAUCGUCCAAGCCGGCGGCCAAAAAGUUCGAUCUAAAAUUCAUCUGCCCUCAUGCAGGCAAGGCUUUAGCCUCGAAGAAAUCGCCCAGCGGAGGAAUGAGCAAUCCCAAGGCGCCGUCGACGCCACCAGCCUCUUCGUUCCCGCUAGUUUCCAAAUUAAACUGUGCCCCACCAGACAUAACCGUCGGCCACAAUGGCAUAAAAAAGGAUUCGACAGCUGGUCUCCUCACACCCAAAACUCGCUCAGAUGGUUUCAUGGGCUUGUCAUUCAACUUACCCGGUGAUCCGGCAAUCGAUGGCGGAACUCACGACGGAAGUACCGCGGCGACGGCUGCGGCCGUUUCAGCUGCUGCCACCGCCAUGGCUUCUGGUCUAGGCAACGAAUUUUGCUGUCCAACUUUUGGAGUUCGGCCUCCAAGACUUACUGUGACCGUUACGUCUGCUAACGGGGACCCUAGAAGUGCGACGUGCUCUAUCCUGUGAGCUUCUGUUAACGUUAAUUCAAUUGGAGGGAAAGGCAAGUUUUAACGGGGUAUUAGAGAAACAAACAAGCUAUCCAAUCAGUCAAAGUAGAAGUAAAAAGGAAACAAGGUACACUCACUUGGCAUCCAAUCCACGAACGCUUAUCGAUUCCUUGACGUCUACACAUUCCAUCAAUCUGUCGAUCCUACGCAGCUACUGAACGUCAAACUAGAGAAAAAAAAGGCUAUCCUAACCGAAAGAUUGAGUUAUUUUGCAAUAUGUUAGUGCGCGCGUAGUUGUUCAGACUUUGAGAUGAUGGAGUGAUCAAUAUGGUGUCGUUCCUAAUGACAAAAUGCCCGUCCCAAGUAUCAUUGUUUUCUGGUCCCCUUGAACCCCCUCAAAAAGAGAGAAAACCGAGCAACGUAACAUUUUUACAGAAAAUUAUAUUUGGUCAAUUUCUUAUACUUGUAUGAUCUUUUCAA